CCCAUCUCACUGAGGAACAUUUGUCUUGCUCCUACACAUCUAAGCGCUGCACCCGCAUCUUAAGCGCUGCCGCGCCACUCUUUUUCACUGGGGCACUAUCUAUAAUCUCUCAUCUCAUUCUCAAUCCAUACCAAAGCGCCACUCACCUUCAUACAACACACUCACACCACCCACAAGCAAAUCACGACCACAAACUCACAAUGGAGGACCUAUUCUCACUCCCCAUCUUCUUCAUCACCUUCCGCGAAUCCCUCGAAACCGCCAUCAUCGUCUCCGUCCUCCUCGCCUUCAUCAAGCGCACACUCGCCACCAAAGAUGACCCCGUCCUCCACCAAAAGAUGGUAAAGCAGGUCUGGCUCGGCACCGCCGCCGGCCUCGUCACCUGCGUCGUCAUCGCCAUGGCCAUCAUCAGCGGCAUCCACUCCCUCGGCGCAGAGCAGUUCGCCGCCGCAGAGAGCAUCUGGGAAGGCAUCUUCUCCCUCGGCGCCUCCCUCAUCAUCACCGCCAUGGGCGCCGUGCUCCUGCGCGUCACAAAGCUGCAGGAUAAGUGGCGUCUGAAGCUGAGCAAGGCCUUGAACGCGAGCGAGUCCCACUCCGGGCCGUUCCGUGACCGGUUGAAGUACCUCGGCGAGAAGUACGCGCUCUUCUUGCUGCCUUUCAUCACUGUCCUGCGUGAAGGCUUCGAGGGCGUGCUCUUCAUUGCUGGUGUUGGUGUUAGCGAGACUGCUGCGUCUAUUGCUAUUUCGUCUAUUCUCGGCCUUGCGCUUGGUGCCUUUGUUGGCUACUUCAUCUACAAGGGUUCCAAGACGGCGCCGAUCCAAAUUUUCCUCAUCGUCUCAACCUGCUUCCUGUACCUCAUCGCCGCCGGUCUCUUCUCCAAGGGCGUCUGGCACUUUGAGCAGAACGAGUGGAACAAGAUUGUCGGAGGUGACGCAGCAGAACUCGGCUCCGGCCCCGGCUCCUACGACGUCCGCAGGAGCGUCUGGCACGUCAACUGUUGCAACCCCGACCUCAACGGCGGCGGUUUCUGGGGCAUCUUCAACGCCGUCCUCGGCUGGCAGAACUCGGCCACCGUCGGCUCCGUCGUCUCCUACAACCUCUACUGGGUCGCCGUCGCCGCGGGCUUCUUCGCCAUGAUUUGCAACGAGAAGGGGUACUGGCCGUUCGCCGGCAAGGCCAAGAAGAUCGCCGACGAGCACGAGGGCGACGACCAGGAGCCGCUUCUUAGCAGGCCCGCUCGGUAAGUUGAUUCGCCCCUCGCUGGACGAAGUUGCGAAACCUGCUGUGGGGUUUCGCAUCCCGACGACGCACCGAAAGAGGAGAUGUAGCUCCCAAAAGGCGACCUAGUAUUUUGGAUCAUGUAUAAAGUGGUGAAGCCCGAAAGCGCCUUGGUUAAAAAUGGAGAUGAUGGUUAUUUAUCCUUGCUAUAUAUUGUAUAUACGACCA